AUGGGUAUCAAUUUCUUCAAAGGACAUCCGACGGAGUCUCUGCUGCCGAGCAAGGCCAUCACGGAAGCUGUCACCAAGCUGCUGACGGGCCCGAGGGACUUUGACCUUGACCCUGAGGAUAGACAUCCACUGUCGUAUGGGUCGGACCAGGGGUCGCUGUGGGUACGCACUGAGAUUGCCAGAUUCCAUUCGAAGGUGUUCAAAGAUGCCGGCACCGAGCCGAGUCAUAUCAACCUGACUGGUGGUGCAUCCUACGGUAUCAUGAACAUUCUGGCUCAAACGACGUUGCCGCACACCGGCUAUACCAAACAGGCCUUCAUAAUCUCCCCGACCUACUUCCUCAUCAAUGAGACCUUUAUCGACGCCGGCUUUGGCGGUAAACUCACCGCUAUCGACGAGCUCGAGGGCACCAUCGACUUUGCUCUCCUGGAGACCAAGCUCAAGCACUUUUCAUCGGGCCCGGGAUCAGACGAAGACGACUUGGACCUCAUCAACGCGCCAAACGCUGCAACCAAGAAGAAGAUCUAUAAAUUCGUCUUGUACUGCAUUCCGAGCUUUUCUAACCCUGGCGGUGAGACCUACGAUCUAGCGACUCGUUCCAAGCUGAUCGACUUGGCUAGAGAGUACGAUAUGCUUAUAAUCACUGACGAUGUCUAUGACCUUUUGGACUAUACACAGCCGCUGGACAAGCUACCUGUUGUGCUACCUCGGUUGACGCACCUGGACCGGAUCACGGCCACAAGCGACUACGGUAACACGGUCUCCAACUCAACCUUCUCCAAGUUGAUUGCACCUGGGUUGCGAGUCGGCUACCAGGAGAGUAUUAAUGAUAAGCUGGUGUUCCAGCUGUGCCAAGGAGGCGCAAACGUGUCUGGUGGAUCGCCAUCGCAGCUCAACUCCAUGAUUGUCGGCACGAUCUUGAAAGAGGGCCUAAUUGAUGGCAUAAUCAAUGGCUUUAGACGCCAAUACGCCCAAAGAGCGAAGCAUCUACACAGUGCCAUUACCAAAUACCUCCCACGGGACACAACAGCGUUCGGGUUCGACGGUGGGUACUUUACAUGGGUAACACUUCCUCAGGGCUACGAUUCUAGACGCAUCGUAAAGAAGCUGAAGGAGGAAUAUGACGUAUUACUCGCCGGUGGAGAAAACUUUGAAGUUGUGGGAGACAAGCGGGACUGGGGGUCUCGCAGUGUGAGACUCAGCAUCAGCUACCUCUCAGUGGCUGAGAUCGACCAAGGCGUGGAAACGUGGGGGAAGGUGAUUGACGAGCUCUAUCCUCAGAAGUAG